AUGGCAGUACUGCAAAAUGCCCGGGGCGGUUGGGGUCUUCAGGAUCAGCACCAACGUGUUAUAAGGCGUCUGGGGUACGCCUAUGACGAAACGUCCUCUGUUAAUGACAGUUCGCUGAGCACUAUUUACGUCGAGUACAUCGUCCCGUCUGCCCCUACCUUACAGCUACAAAAUGUGGUCAACUUCAUUAUUCCUCACUGCACUGGCCAGCGGCGCCAUAGCAACUCAAUACGCCCUUGGGGGGAGCUAUGGGGAGGCUCCCUCCCGCCUCGUUUUAAUGAGCCCACUCACGACCUGAUCGAGAAGGCCAACCAGAAUCCGACUUUGACACAGUCUGUGUCUUUCAAGCCUCUCGAGCAGUAUUGGCAGUUCUUAGGUGACGGCUCGGUGAUCAAGGAUGCUGAAUGGACAUGGCGCAUCAACGUCACCAACAUCGAUGCGCCAGACGCAGACACAAAUGGUUCUAUCACUGGCUCUCAUGUGGUCGAGACGUAUGAUUUCACUUGGCUAGUCAGUGGCAACAUCUCGACAGCAUUAGACGGAACCACGAACCGUCUUUGUGUCAAAACGUUAGGGGACUGGGUGGACCUCCCAGCGAACGUAACGAAUGCCUAUGGGGACAAUGAUCGUGACAGCACAGACUGCGGACCGGUAUUGGGCCAGGACUGUGUUAAUGCUAUACUGGCUCAAGGUUCCAGACCCAGCGCCACCGACUGCAACUUCAACCUCGCCAGCUCAUCGUGGGCUCAAAUACCCGAGUGUCGGGAUUCGUUUGGCGUCACGUCGAAGGCUUUCCACGGCUUCUCGGAACAGUAUUACGGAUUCAGUCUUUUCAAGAACAACAGCAAGAUCUUAACCAGCGGUCGGGGAUUCUUAUGGAACAUCACCGAGCCUGUGGACGGAACCAACAGCCGGAGCUUUCACAACCUUGCGAACAAACUUCACAUCUUGCUGCUGGAUAUGAGUUUCAGUUUCGUGGCUCCGGGGAAGUACCCAGGGCCGCAGCUCCUCUGCACGUGUGUCAACACUACGAAGCUGUCGGAGGUUGAUAUCGACGGCGAUGGUGUGGCAUUUACUAGCGAAACUGUUCUUGAAAGUAGGAGCUUGGGUGCAUCGAUUCAUCGUAUGGCAUACCACUGGCCUUGGGUGAUGAUCUUUUCCUUCUCAGCCACCUUUCUAGCAUUCUUGUAG